AUGGGCAAAUAUAACAUCGUCGUUUUCGCUGGGGACUGUUGCGGGCCAGAGGUCACAGCAGAAGGUAUCAAGGUUCUGAAAGCUAUUGAGAAGAAGAGGCCCGAGAUACAGUUUACCUUCCAGGACCAUUUGCUAGGCGGGCUUAUCCUCCCCCGCCAACAGGCCUCAAUUGACGCGACUGGGUCAGCCCUUACAGACCAGGCUCUCGCGGCUGCUAAAAGUGCGGAUGCGGUGCUUCUUGGAGCAGUUGGAGGUCCCAAAUGGGGUACCGGAGCAGUUCGUCCAGAGCAGGGAAUUCUCCGACUACGAAAAGAGAUGGGGACCUUUGGAAACCUUCGCCCAUGCAACUUUGCUGCUCCUUCGUUGGUCGACAUCUCCCCUCUCAAGGCCGAGGUAUGUCGCGAUGUCGACUUCAACAUCAUCCGCGAACUCACGGGUGGCAUCUACUUUGGCGAGCGACGAGAAGACAACGGCGACGGAACAGCUUACGACACGGAGCCCUAUUCACGUCCUGAGAUUGAGCGGAUAGUUCGCCUCGCCGCGCAUCUUGCACUGCAGCAUAAUCCUCCUUUGCCGGUGUGGAGUUUGGACAAGGCGAACGUGCUGGCCACAAGCCGCCUGUGGAGAAAGGUUGUGACAGAGGUCAUGGAUAAGGAGUUCCCGCAGGUUAAGUACGGCCAUCAUCUAAUCGAUAGCGCGGCCAUGUUGAUGGUGAAAAACCCUCGUGCCCUUAACGGAAUCGUGGUCACUAGCAACCUGUUCGGUGAUAUCAUUAGUGACGAGGCCAGUGUCAUUCCCGGCUCGCUAGGGCUACUACCAAGUGCCAGUUUGAAUGGCAUUCCAGAUGGCAAGGCCAAGGUUAACGGAAUAUAUGAGCCUAUUCAUGGCUCCGCUCCCGAUAUCGCUGGAAAGGGAAUUGUAAACCCAGUCGCUACAAUCCUUUCCGUGGCGAUGAUGUUGCAGUAUUCUCUCAAUCUCCCCACCGAGGCUAAAGUAAUUGAAACUGCGGUGCGGAAUAUAAUUGAAUCCGGACUCAAAACUGGUGAUAUUGGCGGGAAAGCCACGACAAAGGAGGUUGGAGACGCAGUUGCGGCAGAGGUUGAGAAGCUUCUCUCAUAG